UCCCGAAGCAGUCAGUGUGGUUGUGACCGUGAGUGAGUGAGGGUGUUUUGCGCGCGGUCGCCAGUGAAUACAUUGUAGUGACGUGCCAUUACCUUAGUAACAACUUCAAGAGUUGUAGCCUUUGUGCAGAGUUGAUAUUGUGGAUAAUACAGUGAAUGAAGAGGAGGCACAGAUCUCUUUCAUAAUUGGCGUGACAUGGGUGAGGUGCAGUAUGGGCGUAUCCCAUUGGCUGCUCGCCCUCCUUCUGUACUAUUCGGCCGUAUCCAGAGCGUCAGAGGUGCGUUACCUACGACACAGCGGUCGGCGGGAAAGCGGUGGUGAGCCGGCGGCGGGCAGCCUAGGCCUCUCCGCCGGGGUAGGCCUAGGCGGAGUCAACAACGCCACGGAGAGCCCCGUCGACUUGCUCUUCGAGGACGAGGCGGACCCGAGUGCCGGCCUGAAAGAGGAGCUCGUCGUGCGCGGGCAGGAGGUGGUGUUCGAAUGCGUGGUGUCCGAGGAUGCCAAGGUGGUGGAGGGCGACGACAGCGUGGAGGGCGAGGUGCGCUGGUACCACGAUGGCUCGCAGAUUAAGGGUGACUUGCGGAUGUCGAUUAUGUGGACAGGUCGACUGGUGAUGUCUCACGCGGUGUCCGCGGACUCCGGCGUGUGGUGGUGCCGGCGAUCAGGGCGCGAGGGGCCCAAAGUGAGGCUGGUCGUUACAAUUCCUCCCGAGAGACCGUACCUGGAGUAUGGCGACGCGCGGCUGGCGGCUGGAGGAAGGCUCACCACUCGGGAGGGAAACUCCAUCACACUCAACUGCGUGGUGGAAGGAGGGAACCCGGCUCCCUCCAUCGCCUGGGUGCUCGGCGGGGAGGACAUUUCGCCCUCCAGCCAGAUGCGGAGCGAUUGGCGUGCCGAGGAAGGUGUGUUCUACAGCACCAGUAACCUGACGCUGCCCAGCGUGGAGAAGGAGCUGCACAACAGCAGCGUGGCGUGCGUGGUGCGGCACCCGGCCCUCCCCGUCCCUGUUCCCGUCCCGCUGAGGCUGAAUGUUCAGUACCCCCCCGCCUUCCGGUUGAGACGCUGGCCGAUGUGGGGGACGCCGGUUCGCGAGGGCGCCAGUAUCUCCCUGCUGUGCGCGGUGGACGCCAACCCGCCCUCCAGUCCCACGUGGGUCAAAGUGACCGAGCGGGGGACGACCGAGGUGGCGUCGUCGGGGGGCUGGCUCAACCUGACGAGGGUCACGGACACCGACCGAGGCUGGUACAAGUGCGCCACAGUCCACACCUUCGGCCGCUUCGCAUCACAUUCCGUUUUCAUUAAUGUUAUGCCGGCGGGCGAGCUGCAGGUGGCGCCGCCGAGGGUGGUGGAAGUGGGUGUAGGAGAGGCCGUCCAGAUCCCUUGCAUCAGCCCCAUCAGUAACGUGCCAACGGCUGUUUGCUGGACCAAGAUCCUCGAGGCAGGGGGCCGGACCGCCAGCGUGUCUUCCCAGAACUCACUCCUGCUGAGGAAGACCACGUACUCGGACGGCGGCAGGUAUCGCUGCGUGGCCUCCGACGCAACGCGGACGGUCGAGUCGGAUGACGUGGAUGUGGUCGUCACUGGUGCGCCCGUAGUCGAAGCGGUAAACUCCACGGUGCUUUCCAUCGGCGGGCGGCCCACAGCUCUCACCGCCCACGUCUGCGGCCGCCCAUCGGUGUCCACCCUCACAUGGCUUCCCCCCGCCCACCUCCCGCCCGUGAGAGCUGGCGAGACGAAGGACAGAUUCAAAGCCCACAAUCUCACGGCGUCAGAAACCCCCGACUGCCAGUACGCGGUGAUGACGAUCGUGGGCGUGCGGGCGAGCGACGCCGGCAACUGGGUCCUCGUGGGCGUGAACGACCGGGGUGCGAGCGCCGCCCUUGUCCGACUCAACAUCACCGCCGCCGCCCACUCCGUCACUGCCAACGGCGCCCGUGCUAUGAGCCACACCCACGCCCACUCUGCCGCUACCCAGGCCUUCCUAGCUGCUGUUCUUAUCCUUUUUUACGCCGCCCACGGCCGGUUAUGGGCGUGAAGUGAAAGGUGACGUUAAGACGAAGAGCGUAUCUCGUGUUAAUGAAGAAAAAUAUACUGUGAUAAAAGGGCGUGUUUGAGUGUGCAGUGUCGAGCCUAUCGUCAGGGAGAGGCGGGGGAGAGGAGGGAGGAAGGGAGAAACACGGAGGGAGGAAAGCCGGAAGGAAGGAAGAAAAGGAAGAAGGAAGAGGGGGUGAAAGAUGGAAGAAAGGAAGGCGGAAAAGAGGAGCCAGAUGGAAGGAAGGCAGAGAAAGGGAGGGAGGAAUGAAGGGAGAAAAGAAGAAAAGACAGAAAUGGAAGAAGUUUGGAGGGAAGGAGAGAGAAAACGCAAAAAGAAGAAAGGAACGAGUGAGAGCAAAAAAAAACCGUGAUAAAGAAUGUAUAAAGCGCUGAUCAAAAUACUUAGAAACAAGACAGUAAGAUCAAAUAAUCCAAAAGGUAUCAUUCCUCCCUCAAUGACUAGCAAUAUAUCAAUAAAAAAAAAAGAAUCAAUAGAUUGGUAAUUUUUAUAUAUAUAUAUAUCUAUCGUCAAUAUCGGAUUGAGACAUGGCUGGUUGUGACGGCAGAGGGAAUGCACGCUUUCGUGAGCGCAGAUGGGCGUGCGUGGGCGUGCGAUGGCAAGGCCGUGAAUCCAUACGUUCUCUUCUAGUUAUUAUCCCUUACUGCUUUAUAAUGACGUAUUGACGUGGCUGUAAUAACCAUUCAUAGGAAUUUAUCAAACUAAUGUUCUUGUAAUAAAUUGUAAUAAAUGUCAGUGUCUCUU